UGGUGUCUCGCGCUCCAUAAAGAGGUUGCGGGAACCGCGCUCUCUUGUGCUAGGGCAGCGGCCACCGACGGGGAACGCGGCGCGAUGCGGGUUCAGUGCCAACAGAGCCCAGUGCUGGCUGGCAGCGCCACUUUGGUAGCCUUCGGGGCACUGGCCUUGUACUUCGGGAAGCCAGCCAGCUACGGGAAGCACACGGAGAUCCUGGCGCCCGCGGCUACUAGCCUGUCCUCCCGAGCAGCCUGGUUCCUGCAGGAGCUGCCCUCCUUCGUGGUGUCCGCGGGGAUCCUCGCCCGUCAGCCGCUCUCCCUCUUCGGGCCACCUGGGCCGGUGCUUCUGGGCUUCUUCUGCUUACAUUACUUCUACAGGACAUUUGUCUACCCACUGCUCAGUCGAGGGAGGCCUUAUCCAGUUCUACUCAUUUUCAAAGGCAUUGCCUUCUGUGCUGGAAAUGGAUUCCUUCAAGGCUACUAUCUGAUUUACUGUGCUGAAUACCCUGAUGAGUGGUACACAGACAUACGAUUCAGCUUGGGUGUCUUCUUAUUUCUUUUGGGAAUGGGAAUCAACAUUCAUAGUGACUACAUAUUGUACCAGCUCAGGAAGCCUGGAGAACUCACCUAUAGGAUUCCACAAGGUGGCAUGUUUACGUAUGUUUCUGGAGCCAACUUCUUCGGUGAGAUCAUUGAAUGGAUCGGCUUUGCCCUGGCCACUUGGUCCGUCCCAGCACUUGCAUUUGCAUUUUUCUCACUUUGUUUCCUUGGGCUGCGAGCUUUUCACCACCAUAGGUUCUACCUCAAGAUGUUUGAGGACUACCCCAAAUCUCGGAAAGCCCUUAUUCCAUUCAUCUUUUAAAGAAGCCAAAUUAAAAAGGAGCAAAACUCCUACAGUGCUGAUGAAAACUGUCAAGCUGUUGAAACUCUAAUUUUCAUGAUAUAGUAGUCCUCCAUAUGUAUGUGUAUGUGUAAAUGCAUAAUAGUACAUCUCCUGGCAUUCUGCCAGCUGGCCUAAUUCCCAGCUGGGGAUGCUGAGUGGUGCCUGCUUAGAGUUUACCACCACCCUUCCAGGGAUCCCUAUGCUGAUCUCCAACCGAACCUUCAAAAAGCCCCUUUUCCAAAUGGCGACAGUUGCUUCUUAGCUGUUGCUCUGGGAAAGUACAAACUUCUUCUUUUUCUUUCCCUGGGCAAUCUAAGUACGUGUGACUUCACAUUCAUUCCCUAACAGUGGAGGACAACUCUGUAGUGAAGAAUUUUUUGGCUUGAAGGCAGUGCUUACAGACCUUAUUAAAUGCAUUUUGUAUCCAGACAGAGUAGCAGAGAUUUAAAUUCUGAAGUCACAAAGACCCAGAGCAAACCCACUCCCCAAUGAAAACCCCGGUCAUGUCUUCCUUUUUCUUGGUUAAUCGGGAAAGAUAGGAAAUUAUUAGGUAGACCUUUAAUACAGGAGCCCUCUCCUCAUACUGUUGAAAAGAUACUGAUGCAUUGACCUCAUUUCAAAUUUUUGCAGUGUCUUAGUUGAUGAGUGCCUCUGUUUUCCAGAAGAUUUCACAAUUCCCAGAAGACUGGUAUGAAUUUUCUUGAAGGCUGGGUUUUAAUAACAGAAUGACAUGACCCUGGAUGGCUACUGAGAGUGGGGAGAAGAGUUUUAUAAUAGACAUUGCAAACUCCCAUGUCUUGGAAACUGGUGCCAAUAUCCACAUAAUGAGUAAAUGUGAAGUAAAGAGAAUUAAUGAUGAGGUUCCGUGCUGCUUGCCUCCACCAGAUGUCCACAGCGAUGUGAAGCACAGCAGAAGCCCCGAGCAGCUUUCCUUUCCUGGAACUUCUUCAUUGGAGUUCUCAGGACCUGUUCACGAAGGUGUCUGCUAUGGGCAGCUUGGAAGCCACCCCUCAAAUCACAGGAUCUGAAGGCAGAGGUUGAAAAGUGCAGACUGAGGGGCACAUCUAGGUAAAAAACCUCUUUUGUUUGGCUCAGACAUAUAGUUUUUUUUUUUUUUUUACAAAGUUUCAAAAACUUAAAAAUUGGGGGCUUGCUUCAUGAAACGCUAGCAUUCUAGUUUCAUUAAAACGUUGGAGAAUCUGAGCAUAUUGAGCCCACAUUUCCACACCAGAACUGGAACUAUGUGGCCAGUAAGCAUUUCAGUUUGCAAACUCUUGUGAGGGGUCACCCUUCCAAGGGUGCUGAGAUAUGGGACUCUCUAAGUACGGGGCUGAACACUUGUAAUUGAAAUACGUGUGUGAGCAAAAAUCAAGAAAUUGUUAUAGAAAAAAAAAAAGAAGUAUGUGGAAAUAUUUGUCUUUUCAGGCCUAUGUGUGUGGAAUGCAUUACCAAUAUUUAGCCAACUGUUUUGAGAAACGAGCACCAGAAGUGCUAAGUAUAGAAACUCACUGUAUAAGUCACAUAGGAAACUAGGAAGGUCUGAGAUGAUGUAGAUUACUGAAAAAUACCAAUUGUAACCAUAUAAAUAAAUGUCUUUGUUGUUCAUUAAAUGCCUCUACAAUUAUGGAUCUUAAGUAAUUUUGUUUGAAUUAAAAUAUCCUGGGACUUCUAGAAUUUUUCACAAGGUAUUGAUUUCCCUGCUCCUGCAGGCCCCUGUUCCCAUUCACCUUGUCUGUAGUGUUGUUUCCUUCUUCUCUUCUCUCUUUAUGAAAUUAGGGGCUAUGUGCUGGAAAUAAAAAAGCAUGACUUAUAGAGCCUCUCAGCCACAGUUCAGAACUACAAGGAAGUACAAUAAAGGCGCAGGAAAACAUCCUAAGUUUAGACGCCACUCCUGGUGCUCAGGCUUACACAGGGGAAAAUAAAGCUUCAGGUGUAGCUUGAGCUCUGUGACGUAGAAGACUUUCAGUUCUUCUCUGUCAUUGAAAACUAACUUUCUUAAGUGCUUUAUUUUACUACCAUGUAAACAUCCAGGCCGAGAUGAAAUAAGUGUACAAUAAAUGGCGGUACUCACAGUCUCAGGACAAUGCUGCCAUUGGCCAUUUUAUUUUAUUUUUGCCACAAGAGGGCACUUUCUAAAAUUGCAUGUAGUCAACCUUGACUUAAUUAGGUAAUUAACAUAUUGGGGAAACCCCAAUCCAGUUGCCUGAUGGUGGACCUUUCAAGACAGCAUGAUCAUGGAACUUCUUAAUCUGAAUAUAGGGUAGGAGAGGGUGACCUCUAUGAAAGCUGAAAUCUUCCCUUGAUAAUUCAGGUAUUCUCAGUGUUCUAGGGCCAUCAUGUUCAAUGAUAGUUUGUCAUUGUUUAGGGCUGGAACAUGUAUGUGGAUUAAAUACAGUAAAGGUCUGAAUGUGUGCUCAUCUCUCAAUAUAUUUCUUCCCACUUCUAAAAAUAGAGUGCAACAAAAUUAUAGUUAAUUGAGGUUUCCACGGAGUGGUUUUGGCUAAAGUAACGUAACAGUGUCCACCAGAUAAUCUGUCUUGGUUUUGCUGAAGCUUUCACAGAAGAGGCGUUUUCCUGCCAACCUUGAAGAAGAUGUUGAGUUUUGUUUGUUUUUCAGAAUUUAGACUUAAAGAGCCGAAGCAGACCUCAGAAAUCAGCUACUUCCACCACUUCAUAUUAUACGUAGUGACACUGAGACCCACAUAGUUAAAAGGGCUCCCCAUAGCUGGUACAGAGCUGGUCAGAGCAGCCAUCUCAGUUUGCCCUUUUGAAGGUCAGAAGUUCUCUUCUUCUGCUUAAGGCACAGGCCUUUAGGGCUGCCAUCUGGAUUUCUACAGAGCUCAUGCAGGAGAAAAAUAGCCAGAGCUUAAGUGCUAUUGCACAAUUCAGUUAUACACCUAUUGUCCCAUGCCUGUUUGUGUGUGAGGCUUGCCUCGCUCUGUGGGAGCAACAGGCUCAUGCCCUUUCAUAAAUCUAUUUGACGGAAUAGAGAGUUUUCCCUCCUCGGUGUAGUCAAGACAACAUGGAUGUUUAGCAUGGAAAAAGGUUUCAAAACCCCCUUAUCCCUAAUGCUUACUUUCGUAAAGAACGACCCUGGCUCCACUGUAUUCUAAAUGGAAAAAAAGGAGCUCUAAUGAGAAAUAUGCAAUUAAACAGUGAUUUAGGCGGCUUAGACCCUUUCAGGAACAAAUAAAUAAACCUAUGAUUUUACAACCCUGCAAUAUGAUAAGAGCUCUCUUGGAUUUUUGUGGUUACCUCAUGGCAAUCUCACUAAGAAGCAGGGGAGCAAGCUCUUGGCACAUGAAGGAAUAGACUCAUGAAGAGCCAUUCCCUUUCCGGCUUGGUCCCUUGUUUCUCUAAUAAGCUAUGGGCUGAGGUCCAGGCAGGACAAACAAGGAGGGUAACAGCAAAUGUAAAGCGAAUCUUUCUAGAGAAGGACACUGGUUAUUUUAUAGCAUCUACACUAUCUAUGAUGAAAGAAAGAGGCAUAGAGCCAGAUGGCACUGUGAGUGCUUGGAUGAUUUAAUAAGCCAUUGAAUGGAUAUAAUUUCUAAGUGAGAGAUUUGUUCAUUCUUUCUACAAGUCCAUGGAGUUGUGAUCUUAAAAGGUUCUAUGUUAUUUGUAUUGCACCUCAUUUCUCCCCAUCAACCUUAGCUUGGGAUUUGGAUGAAUGAAAUAAAU